AGAGGCGCGGCCGCGGUGGGCGGUGUAUGAGAAGCCCAUGGCCGAACUUGAAGCCAGGGAGAGGGGCAGACGAGCGGGGUCGCUCAGCGCGGACAGUGUGUGUGUGUGACUGACAGGCAGCUCGCAGCGUAAUGUUUCGGGGCGGUGGCGGCAGCAGUUGGCUCUAGUGUCUGUGUGAGGCCGAUCCCUCAGGCUGCUGUGUGUAGUUAUGGUGGGCGGGCAAGUUCCGCCCCGUUCCGGCCCACUUUAACCCCUGAGACACUCAGCACCACAGUCCCUGUCACAGUUACCUCACAGCAAACGUUUAUACACAGUGUGUGUGUGUGUGUGUGUGUGUGUGUGUGUGUGUGUGUGUGUGUGUGUGUGUGUGUGUAUAUAUAUAUAUAUAUAUCUCUUAUGUAUAUACAUUGUAGUAUAAGCUCUCCACUAUUACUGCAGCAUAGGGUACAGGAGAAUAGAAGGGGCGGGCAUUGUAGGCGGCUAGGCUCCGCCCCCUUGUUACAGGAGACCUGGUCUGUCAGUGCCGGAGAAUGGGAGGAGGAGGAGUCAGCUGCUGCAGCCCCUCCCCUUACACACACACACACACACCCCUUCUCCGGACUGCUGCGAGUGUUGGGGCUGCAGGUGCGGGAUGCCGGUGAUCGCCGCGGUGAUAGCUCUACUGUUUGGUGUAUUUACACAAUGCGGAUCCAACUCCACAGAAACGCGCUAUGUAGCUCUAUCGGAUGACCUGACAAUCUGCAAUCUGAUCUGCGAUGUAGACGGUGAAUACCUCCUGGAUCAUGUGUUUGUAUCAAUCGUUCUUAUAUAUGAUUGCACAGGCCUGAGAUCUCCUGAGAUCUAUGGUAAAUACAAGGAAAGGACUGUCGUGGAUAAGACACAUGGAUGUGUCAUCAUCAAGAAUUUACAGUACAGUGACGCCGGGGAUUACGCCUUAUGGUUCACGGACAAGGAAUGGAACAAAAGAUGUGUGGAGCUUGUUCGCUGCAAUCUUAUAGCUCCAGUCACUAUCACCGACAUAACCUACAGCUCUGGUGAUUUGGUAGAGAACGCAACGCUAAGCGUUCUAUAUACUGGGGACCCUCCAGUAUUCGUCUUUUGGACCAAGGAGGGAGAAGACCUACCCCUGGGGCACUGGCUUAGCGACCAUAACAAGACACUCAGCAUGCCAAAGCACGCCACUGGCCUAUACCGAGUGACUGUCUCUAACAUUGUCAGUACAGACAACAUGACUUAUACCAUCCCAGCCAGGGGACGUCAUGAACAUUUUCAGUGGUGGAUUAUCCCGGCUGUAGUCUUGCCUGUGGCAGCUCUUGUGUCGAUCUUACUAUACAUGAAAAAAAAGGAACCAUGUAAGCAACGAGAUACAGUAAUAUGAAACCCAUGUGAGGGUGGUCGUAGGAAGCAAAAUCCUGGGCUUUGCACAAAUCCUCUGCCUGGCAUGCACAACCAACGGAGUGCCUGUUAUUUCCUUAUGUCUUAGUAUACGUCCGGUGUUCUCUGCUUCUGUAGGCGUGCUUUCAGUUUUAUGAACAGCAUAAUUCCGUUAUAGUCCCUGUAAUGCUGUGAUAGGCAACCGUUGACCGGAUGUCUGCAUUCGGCAUUCCGAGACGCCACCUUCCACCAUAGUCUCUCAAGAAAGGCGCGAGACAAGGCCGCCCCAUUUGCCCUCUAAUUCUUGCUCUGCUCAUAGAACAUUUAGCUGUGAGGUUUAAACAUAACGUCCGUAUUUCUAGUAUUUCAGUAUGGAUAUCUGAAGAGAAAAUACCUCCUUCUUCAGACUACUUUCUAACCAUAGAGAAUAAUAUAUUUAUUAAAUAAUACACACAUAUGCCGCUGCACUUUACAGAGAAUGAUUCUGUCAUUCACAGCAGCCCCUGCCCUAGUGAGCUUACACUCUAUGUGCCUUAUUCAGAGAUGUACAGUAUUGAAUUUGCAGCAACAAUGCAGAAUGAGAAUAUGAUGCUGAUAAUAUACAAACUCCACACGGAUGGGGCCAUGAUGGGAAUGAAACUCGUGACCUCAAUGCUGUGAGGCAGUAAUGCUAACCAUUACACCAUCCGUACUGCCCAUGGUGCCAUGUUUUCUGUGUACAGGAUUGCAGUUGUAGGCUGACACGCCCCAAAAGCGGUUGUUUUUGACGCCAUUGCCCGUUACAGCUCCCAAAUGCUUCCUGUCAAUCACUUUGCUAAUGAAUCCUCACUGGGGAACGAAGUUUCCGUGUCAUAGCUGCAGAUUUUAACAACCAGCACCCAGAAAGACCUCUAAUUUCACAUAACACUGUCAGGUGCCUAAUUUCCAAAUUCCGAGAAACUGGGACUGUGGCUGACAAGUCACGGAGUGGUCGUCCAAAAAGUGCUGCUGACGAGACCACCUCAACAAUGGUUUUGGCAUCCUUCGUGAAGAGUCCACAACGCAGCACACAACGUUUGACAUCAAAGUGACCUAAAUUCUCUCCUCUUUUGUCGAAGCUCUUCAGUUACCUGCAACAACAAAAAGUGUUGUAACUUUUGAACCAUAGCUGCUAUUUCAAAUCUGUUUGCAGCAAUAAACUUUUCAGCAAAUUCUGAUGUAGUUUGACAUGUUACACGACCCCCCUUUCCAUUUGAAAAAAACUGACUUAGAUUCAAGAUGGCCGAUUUCAAGAUGGCACCCAUGUUCAGUACAUACCCUAAAAGAUAGCCCACCUCACCCAUACCUUACUGGAGUAUUCAGUUUGCCCAUUUCCUUCGUUUUUUUAAACAAAAGGGUGUACUGCGACCUUUGAAUCACCCUGUACUGUGGUGCUUGUUACUUGUCGCUGUGAUGGAAUAUUUCUCUGCUUAGUUAGUGCUACACUAAUGUGUGCAGUGAAUAAAAGAGUUUAAAAUCA